UUAGUUUAGGCUUAAGGUAGGGUUAUCAAAUUUAUCCCGAUAACGGCGGUAAUUACAUUUUUUAAAAAAUGUAUCACGUUAAAAUAUUUAACGCAAUUAAUGCAUGCGCAGCGCGACCCACCCACGCAUUGUCGCGCUCAAUCUGUAAUGGCGCCGUCUUACCUAUAUAGAGAGAUAAAAGGCAGCGUAAAAUGAGUAAAGUGAAUUUUGGCAGCCUUUGGAGCCUUUUUUUAAUUGGCUAAAGCCUUACAAUCCCUCUCCCUAUGAUUAGAAAUAUCAUGGGAAGCAAAGUGGGGAAGCAAGGUAGCAAUUGAUCUUAUUCUUAACACCUUAUGUUAUGUCCCAACGCAGAGAAGAUAUAUCAAUUGGUAGCACUACGCACAGUCAUGGUUCCACUUCCCAUCAUGCAUUUGAGCAUGGCUACAGUAUCAUUUACUGAAAUCUCAACAAAUACACUAGAUGGCAAUAUUUAGUCACAAUAUACAAAGUCACAAGUCUUUCUAUCCCUUGAUCCCUCUCACAGAAAGAAUGUUAUAAUAAUGUAAAUGCCAUCUUGAGGAUUUAUUGUCAUAAUAAACAAAUACAGUACUUAUGUACUGUAUGUUGAAAGUAUAUAUUCGUCCGAGUUUUAUUCAUUUUUUUUCUUAAUGCACUGCCAAAAUGUACUGUAUAUGAUCGGGGAAAAUUAUUGGGAAUGAUUGGAAUUGAAUCGGGAGCAAAAAAAAAAUCGGAUCGGGAUCGGCAGAUACUCAAACUAAAACGAUGGGGAUCGGAUAGGGAGCAAAAAAAACAUGAUCGGAACAACCCUAGUACUUACCUUUUUUCGAUCCAAAAACUCUGUGCAGCAUGUAUCACCCAGUGUCAAGACACAGCUGUGAAUGGCCACAGCCGGACUUUUUGGGGAUUUUAUGGGUGAAACACGGUAAUAUGACAAGGGUCGCGAUUCAGAAAUCGUAGACAUCGAGUGGUUAAGAUUUACCCUUUUUAAAUGUUUUUUUUUUUCCAAUAUUUGUUUGGAUCGAUUAUAUAUCAUCUAAAAUAACAAGGGGAAAUGCGACAGUAACAAAAAAAAAAAAUUGAACUAAGCGAUCGUUUUGAGGUAAAUAUCCGUCACCUAUUUACAAACACUAUUUAUUUCAUUGUGAUGUAAUUUUUUUUUAAAGUUUACGAUAUGCGAGUGAAUAAUUUUUUAAAGUCGUUUUUUUUUUAAAGUAGAUAUUAAACAUCAAUUAAUUAUUCUAAGCUAAAAAUGAUAGACAUUUCGAAUAAUAUAAUACUUUUUAUAGCUGAAUUGAAACAAAAGCGGUUGCGUGGUGUCUGUAAACGGGGGUCUCGAGGGUAAAAUGGACAAAUUAAGAAUAGUUUGGGGGCUUAAUGCGCCAUGAAACUGCUAUGGCAGCAUAUAGACCUAUUGUUCUAUCAAACACAACAGUUCUUUUGGCUUAAAGUACAGCAGUUUAUUUUAAAUAGGGGUGCAAGAGCAGAAACUGCAUUUUCAGCCGUGUCUGUUUCUCGCCAUAUAUAUAUGUAUAUUACAGAUUGACAGAUUGCAUUAGGUUACCUGUCUGUAUGUAUUAUUGCAGUGUUUUGCAUUCAAUGUUAGCAGGGAAGCUGGAAAUGUUUGUAAAUUUAUUGGCAUGUUUUGUGUUUUAACCCUUUAAGGUCUGGGCCUAUUUUGUCUGAUUUUGCAUGCCUUUGAAGUUGCCUUUAUAUUUCAAAGAAACAGUUGUUUACGAUGGCCUGGUUUGGUGCCUUUUUUUGUGACACCUUGAACUUCAUGUCCAAACUGUUGUUUCCUUCACUGACCAAUUAUAAAUAAUCAUUUUGGGCCCAAAAAGACCAAAAAUUCCAAAAUCGUUUUGUCAAAAUUUUUAAUCUUGAUGUCCAAUUGACAACCAAACAUGCGUAACGAACCGUUUUGAAACUUUGUAAUAUUUAUUCAACAUGUUAGGAUGAAAAUUCAACCCAAAAAAUUUAGAAUAAAUAAUCUUAUAUUUGACAAUUCAACAUAAACAACAGGUAUAGCCAUAGGCGUUUUUUUGCCUUUAUACAUGCUCUAGUCAAAACAGGUUAUAUACAGCAGACCGAACAGUGAAAAAAUAUAUACCAUCUAACACAAAAAGUUUCUUGAACACACAUUUAUAUACACAAACUGAGAAGACUGAUUGUGGGGAAAAAAAAAAUAUAUAUAUAUGUAUAUAUAACAUUGGGGGAAAAAAGUAUUUUCAAAAAUAUUUACAAUAAACAAGUUAAAUUUUUUUCAGGCAUGCCACUCCGAAAAGCAGUUUCGUCCUGGAAUUCGACACAGGGCGACAUCGCACAGCCCACACUUCCAUGGGGUGUCGGUCCUUUUUCCACCCUUCCGCCCUUCCAUUUUCAUUUCAUUUUACUUUCAUUGUCACUAUAAAUGUACAUGAAAAAAAGUCAGUAUUUAUGAAAAUAAUAAAGUAUAAAAUAAAAAUAUAUACAGCAAUAAAUAAUAAUGGAAAUCUAUAUGUAUGACAAUAGAAAGAAUACCAUAGCUGAAUAUGUGCUACAUCCCUAAUCUUCAUAUAGAAAGAAGAUCACCACAAUUAUAAAUUCCUGCCUUGGAUACACACAGUGCACGUACGACUUUGAUCUGAUAUGCAAAUUUUAUUAUUAUAUACACAAACACACACUUAUAUUGCAUCAAAAUUAACUUUGUCUUGCAAUAUCAAAAGAAACUUUCUCAGCACAAAAAAAAAAAAAAAAAAGUGAGUUUGCUUACCUCUGCUCGUCGAUGGCGUCACCCACGUGUUCAAAUCCGUCACUAUCUUCAGUCGAGGACUCUUCCGAAGAAGACGAUGAUGACGAAUUUGGACCAUCCUCUUGCUCAAGUUGAUCAAAAAGCACAAUUGCUUGCGCUAAAUUUAGUUUUCCGUUCAUCUCAAAGUCACACAAAGUCGCUGCUCGAUCCAAACGGCCGUCGCUCGCCGCCACACUGCUUCAGAACACUCGUCCCUCUCGUUCGGUGGAACCUCGCACGGCAGUUAUAUUUAUUUAAAAAAAAACGCAUUUUGUGCUUCCACUGUGACUUCGAAGGGGUUCGUUUGAUUUGUGUUUUUUUCAUGGAGUUUCCGUUUUGAAAAAGGACAAGAAAUGAUGGAAAUAUAGACAUAAACAAAUGUUUUUUUGAGAGGACAAUAAAACUAUAAAACUUAAAUGACAAUAUCUCACGUUUUAGGUGGUCGAUUGACUUCAAAUAAUAACGAGAGUAAACCGCAACUUCCGCACUUUAAAACGAGACAAACCAACGGCAUGUGGGUGACGUAAUUAAAACGUGAGGGCGCUUCAAAUACGACGUGUGCUGAGGACGCGCCGGCGCGUCCUUCGACUCUCAAGGGUUAAUAUACAAUGUGUGUAAAAAGCUUUCAAUGCUAGGCGGCUCCAGUAUUUCCUGACUGUAGCCGACAGCCUACAAUCUACGCCUACAUAUCUCAUGCAUCUAGAACUACAUGCAAAAUGACAGACUCGGUAGCGUUGGUAAACAGCUGCCAUUUUAGAGCAGUAAACGUCUCAGAAAGGCUGUGUUGUAGUGAACCUUCCUAGCGAACCUGAGUAACUUUUUAACCAAAAUACUCCUAAAUCGGCAAAAUCUUGACUUGAGUCUAUCUUUAAAGGAUGAAACAGUUUUAAAAUGUUCACAUGUCGAAAGUAGACGGAAGGGAACUAAUGCAAAAACGGGAGUAAUUUUAUCAACUUUAACGGUUGAUUCACAACAUUAAAUGACCUCCAAACAUAGCAAAGGUUACUGUUUUUUUUUUUUUUUUUUUUUUAAAUGAAAAACGAAAAACAUUAAAUGUAACACCAGUUACUUUGCCAAGUAACUUUUUUACUACUGUGUAUUUCAAUAGUCAGUCACCACACUAGCCAAAGAGCUAAGAGGCAUUUUAACAGUCGAAAAUGUUUACAUUUUAAGUGUGUUUUUUUAUUUUCCUAAAAGCAAAAUAAAGGCAGUUUAAAAAAAAAAACAUUCAAAACGCUAACCGAAACUGAACCGAAACCGUGAUCCCAAAACCGAGGUUCAAACCGAACCGUGGGCUAACUGAACCGUUGCACCCCUCGUUAACAUACUGGCCACGUUCGCAUUUCUUUGUUCAUGCAUCAUGUAACAUUAUCAUACUGUACAUUUAUUCAGCAUGUUUUCUCUAUUGUAUUUUUAUUUUAAAUUGCCUUUCAAGAUGACAUAUCUGUUCUAUAUGUUGGAUUUUAUCAUGUACAUUUCCCCCAAAAAUGCGACUUAUACUCAGGUGCGACUUAUAGUCCGAAAAAUACGGUAACUCACAUUAUUUUCUUGUGCCCUCAGGAUGCUUUACUAUGUACAAUUUUGCAUACACGCAGCAUUUGGUUCUGCAUAUUAAUCAGUUGUUAUGAAUCAUAAUGUUGAUCACAAGAUGCCAAAUUUAAAAUCAUUAUUAAAUUUUGUAAUUAUCUGCCGAUAAUUAAAAAGGUACGCCAGCUAGGUUUUACAUGAGUUGAUCUAUACAAAAUAAAUAUUAUUAUUGUAUUGUUCCACCACGUAAAAGUACAAUAAUACACUUUGGCAGCACUUUUUUAGUGUAGCAGGUGUGAAGAUGAUAAUGAAUCCACAUGGUGCCUAGUGGAGUGCCAAAAUCAGACUUUAUAACUUCGCAAAAUGGGCCAGUGCCAUUUUGGCAUACGAAAAUGACCCACAUUAAUAAGAAGGUGUGUUCUAGAGACGAGAAAGGUUGUGUACCCGGCUGGCGCCGUUGAGUGAAAGGGCGCUUGCCUUAAAAGUGCAGAGUCAGCGUCAGCCUUAUGUCUCCUCGUCCACAGCCAGCACAGUGUGAACUCCCAAGGCCACGUUCUCUACCACAUUCUCUAUUUUCAUGAAGAUGGCGAAGAUAAGCGGACAGAAUGUUUGAAAGUAGGCACAAUUAGUGCACGGAAUCCUGUGAAAAUAAUUUAAAGUUGGAGUUUAGAACCAUCUAUCAUCCCUUUACAAUAAAAGUAUUUUUAUUCAAUCAUCUUUAAAAAAAAACAAAAAAAAAAAACACACACACACAACUGUCUUACCCUUUUUCAAAAGCAAAAUUAAAAAUGUCCAUAAGACUCAGUCUAACCCGAAAACAAAAAAACUCCCAAAAAACCCUUUCUUGCAGUGUUAACAUAAAAACAAAUUUUCUACAUCGUCACUCCUCUAUAAUGUUAUAGAUUUGCGUUAACUUCAAAAUUGGAAUUAUGACAAUGAUGUUGAAUAACUGUAAAUUGUUUAAUAAUAGCAAAGAAAGCAACAAUUAAAAUUGCUGAGUUAUAUUUUGGUUGAAUGAAUGCACCAUGAGGGAAGUUUUACUGUUUAUGAAAUAUAGCUGUUAACACAAAAGACUGUAGCUAUUAAAUAUUUUUUAAAAUUCAUGAUUCUACCAAAACUUUUUGAAACAGUUAUUUCUUGGGUCCUGAUAAGUGUGAAGGGCUCAGAAUAUGAUACACACUUCUGUUUCAGGUUCGGCUACAUGUCAGUUACAGGUUAUUCAUGUUACUGCACUAAAUAAGGGUUUUUCUAGUAGAUACAUUUUUUUUUUUUUUUUUUUUAAAUAUGAUUCAAUGGUUACCGGUUUUUUACUGAAACAUAUUAGAAAAUCAGCAAAAAUAUUGUUUUCCAAAGUGAGAGAUGUUAUCUAAAUUUGAUUGAACACAAAAAAGAUAUGUCUGCUUAAACUGAGAAUCCAAGAAAUCAAAUCUGAAAUUGUACACAAUUAUUAAAUGGCUCUAAAAAGUUAACAAAAUACUUGUCACUUGUUUGAUAAUUUGAAGACAUCAAUUGUUGCACCUCUGAAGACAGCCUAAAGUUGUUUAAAAGUUGAACAUGGAUUGUGUAUUCCAUUAUUUGUAAAUAAAAUAUUCGGAUGUUAAAAAAGUAAAAAUGCUUGUGCUCACGUAAGUGGUGCAAGAAUACUGUCCUAAGUUCGUGCUGCAACACAACUCAAACGUUCACUUCUGCAAUAUGCCAGUAAAAAUAAGAGAAAUACUCAAAUGAACAAAAUGACUACUCGGGACAAACCUGUAAUUAUGCAGCUUUUACUUAAAAAGCCUAACCAACAUAUUUUGGGAUAUUAAAAUGGAUGCACUUGAACCACAAUUUGUACCUGAUAUUUAAUUUUCCUACCAGGCAUCACCUAAGAGCCUUGAGAUGGGUCAAUUAUCUCUGCAUUGUUGAUGAUUUCAAACUAUUCAUCCUCAAUUCAAUGCCUUUUGAUAUCUCAAGAGCUCUAAUAUGAUUAAGCCAAAUGAAAUGGUAGCUAUUAUAAUUAGAUUCUUACCUAGAUGUUGUACUCAUUGCAGCCUCUUUUCACCAGCAUCCAGACCCCCCUAACCCUCACACAUUUUUUAAAAAAUAUUGUGUCAUUUCUGAGUGAAAACAACAUAAUUCGUGAAAGAAUUCGGGCAUGUACAUGCAAAACUCAGAAGGUGCUUUGCAAUGAUUCAAAUUAGGACGUCAACUAUACACACAAGAUUUGUGGCACAACCGAAAAGAAAAUCGAAAUGAUCCAGAAGUUAAAUUGACUCUAUAUUGUAUAGCUUCAUCACGGUGUGCAGUUAUUUUGCUGUUAACAUAAGAAACAUUGAUAGACAUGUGGUCAAUAUGUGGAAUCAGAUUUUUUUUCCAAAAUGCAGUUUUCACAUAAAAUCAUAUUACGGCACACUGAUGGUUGCUUAAUAUUUAUUUUUACGUUGCAGCUUUAGUCCUGAUGGAGGACAAUACAUUGGGCUGCUGUCUGGUUGGCAGCAGUAGUUGGAGCCAGGGCGCGUCCCUCUUCGGAGAGGUGGACCCGCACUCUGAGGUCCGAACACCCAUCAGGUCCGCAUACUGGCUGCCUGCUCUUGCUCAGCAGAACCCUUCAGUUGCUUCUCCUCGUAUUUGCUUCCUCACUUUUCUGCAGCCUGCCAGACAACGUGAGACCCGACUUGAACUCCGGUCAGAGUCCAAGCCCGAAGCUGAGAUUGCGGGCCCGAAUCGUAAGCUGGGAGAAGCGGAGGAGGACGGGAGGGUGCCGCAGGUUCGCUGGAAAAGUGUCGCCGAAUUCCCCAUCCCUGGAAGAAAGGAGCCCGAGUUCGAAUGUCGUUGUGAGGCUCAAUGCUGUGAAGUCAGGCACUGACGCACCUUCCGUCGUGGAGUCCUGCUGCCAUGCUGCACCACUCUUCCGCCAAGAUAAGGUUCACAAGGAUGAUCUUCAUGGUGCCCAGGAGUCUGAGGAGUGAGCUCGCCGGCCUUCCGUCCUUCUCUCGGUCUCGUCAUGGUCGACAUCGAGAGUCACUACCACCCGCCCUCGCCCUUGGAGGACUCGGUGUUGGGUAGCCCUCUGUGCGCCGAUGACGACUUCAUCGGUGGCAUGGAGGAGCUCCACGACAUAUCACAGUCCAUCGACAGCAGUAACCUCAGCUCUUACGACGCCCCGGAGUACCAAUCGUCCAGCAAUGGCUCUGAAGGCUCCGCUGUCUUUGAUGCCCUAACGCCGGCUUCCAGCCCAUCGUCAUCGGUGGCUUACGGGUUGGCGGCAAACCAAGAAGACUUCUCGUCUUCCCCCUCGUCGUCCUCGUCAUCACUCAGCUUGGAGUGUCGGGUGUGCGCCGACCGCGCCUCAGGCUACCACUACGGCGUCCACGCCUGCGAGGGCUGCAAGGGUUUCUUUCGGCGGACCAUCCGUCUCAAACUAGAGUACGACAAGUGCGAACGCCGCUGCAAGAUCCAAAAGAAGAACCGCAACAAGUGCCAAUACUGCCGCUUCCAAAAGUGCCUGUCUGUGGGCAUGUCCCACAACGCCAUCCGUUUUGGUCGGAUGCCCCAGUCGGAGAAGCUGAAGCUGAAGGCGGAGAUGGUAACAGGGGAACGUGAGGUGAAGGACCCCCAGCUGGCCGACCAGAAGACGCUGGCCCGACAGAUUUACGAGGCUUACCUCAAGAACUUCAACAUGAACAAGGCCAAGGCCCGGACCAUUCUCACGGGGAAGACUAGCACACCGCCUUUGGUCAUCCACGACACGGACACGCUGCAGCUAGCGGAGCAGACCCUAGUGGCCAAGAUGGUAGGCUCGGGGGAGGUCCUAAAGGACCGUGAGGCGGAGGUGCGCAUCUUCCAUUGCUGCCAGUGCACCUCAGUGGAGACGGUGACCGAACUGACGGAAUUCGCCAAGUCGGUGCCAGGUUUCUCCAAUCUGGACCUCAACGACCAGGUGACGCUGCUGAAGUACGGCGUUUACGAGGCCCUCUUCGCCAUGCUGGCCUCGUGCAUGAAUAAGGACGGGCUCCUGGUGGCGUACGGAUCGGGAUUCAUCACGCGAGAGUUCCUCAAGAGCCUGCGGCGGCCCUUCAGUGACAUGAUGGAGCCCAAGUUCCAGUUCGCCACAAAGUUUAACGCCUUGGAGCUGGAUGACAGUGAUUUAGCGCUCUUUGUGGCCGCCAUCAUAUGUUGUGGAGACCGGCCGGGCCUGGUGAAUGUAACGCACAUCGAGCGCAUGCAGGAGAACAUCGUGCAGGUCCUACAGCUCCACCUGCUGGCCAACCACCCAGACGACACGUUCCUCUUCCCUAAGCUGCUGCAGAAACUGGCCGAUUUGCGACAGCUGGUAACCGAGCACGCUCAGCUCAUACAGGAGAUCAAGAAGACGGAGGACACGUCACUGCACCCACUCCUACAGGAAAUCUACAGAGACAUGUAUUGAGCAGCUCCUCCUUCUCCCCUUUGUUUUUGUUGUUUUCCUCCAUAAGCUAGGGGUUGGACCAGUGACACCCCCUUUUCUAACGACGCAAGGGCUUCUGUUAGCUUGUAUGAAGUCUUGUUUCCACCAAGCAGUGCAGUUUUCAAUUGGAUAGAUUGGUGUAUAAGUCACCCCCCCGGGUUUCUUACACCGGGCUUGCAUUGUACCAUUUAGCCGAUAGGGCGACCGUAUGCAAAACUCAUGCAAGAGUCUGUCUGACAAGCAAAAAGCACAGCAAAAACCUCAUAGCAGUAACUGCCAUGACAAACACUUGACACUAAACAGCUGCAUUUUUUCUGUUUUUACACAUUGGCUGCCAUUGACAACAAUAGACAAUCCAUUUUAAAGCAGUAGUUCAGAACUUUUGCCAUUAGGCUUAAUCUUUGAGUUAGCUGGGGUUUAAUUAGUUGGUGGAGUUGAUUUCAACAAAUUCUGUGCGGUUUGCAAGUUAUUUGUUAGUUUCAGGGCUCUGGAGUGGCUAAGCUAGCGCGUGUCAAUGGCGACUUCCUAGCAUGCCAAUAAAAACGAUAAGAUUUUUGAACAGAUCCAACAUAGUCCAAAAAAAUCAAAACACAGAUCAUUGUUCCAAAACUCCCUUGAGGCCAAAACAAUGUCACAAAAAAACUGCCGUAAUUCAUAUAAUUCUACAGGACUAUUUUUUUAGAGGCGUAAUACGACUAGAGAGGAGUGCUUCGGCUAAUCGUGCUCACGCUGCAUUCGAGGAAUGUGGGAAGUCUGACUUAUCCUGCUUGGAGGGUACCGUUGGGACAUCAAAGUGUUCCAAAUAAACAGCAAAGAUGGCUGAUCAUGACAAGUUAUUUUUUAUUUUGUCCAUCAAAAGACAUUUUGACGUCCAGCAAACCUGCCUUCUCAUAAGCGAUCAAAUAGUGGAGGCGUUCCAAUCGGAGGUUUGAAACUGACUUCCCACCUUCCUUGAAUGCAGCAUCAGUCUGCUGAGUUAACUGACAGCCGGCAACAUGGCGAAAUGUCCAUUUACAGGCUGUGGAAACAGAAGAAAUGGGCAAAGGAAAGUUUCCACAAAUUCCCUAUGGAGAACGAGGAACAAUAUAAAGUAGUUACAGAUCUUCAGAUCUUCUGGAUUACAAAUGUUGCUGUUCAUACUGCAAUUAUUGACAUGCAAUUGUAAGUUUUAAUAACUUUAUCCUGAAAACAUAGCCAACACUAUUAUAACGACAUAUGCAUGCAUGAGAAUCACCGAUGACCCAUGCAAUCAAUAGUGUUGGCUCUGUUUUCACGAUAAAGUUAGUAGAAUUUACCAUUGCAUGUCAAUAGUUGUAUGAACAGCAACAUUUGAGUGAUAUCAAAUCGGGGGGGGUUUUCACCGCAGACGGAGCACUCUCUAUUGUGGUUGCACUACGCAUCUAAAAAAUAGUCCUGCUUUAGAAUGAGAUGAAUGAGAUGGCAUUUUGGUGUGACAUUGUUUUGGCCGCAUGAGUAUUUCGAACAAUGAUUUGCAUUUUGAAUUUAUUUUACUACGUUCCAUCUAGUAAUAUUGUUUUUUUAUUGGCAGGCUCUGUUGACUCACGCUAGCUUAGCCACUCCUGCGCCCUAAAACUAACAAAUAAUUGACAAACUGCACGGAAUUUGUUGAAAUCAACUCCACCGACUUAUUAAACCCCUGCGAACUCGAAGAUUCAUGAUGUCAGAAAUUCUGAACUUUCCCUUUAAGGACCUAAACUGCACCGCUUGAUUGAAUCUUGGCUGAAAAAGGUGAUGUGGGCGAGCCGCUAACGAUCAACGGUGGUUUGAGGCAGCAACUGCUCUACACUCCAAGGUGGCAGAUAUAUUUAUACAAAUGUAACUCUUGGCUGCCAUUGCCAAUGGGAGGUCUGACAAUGAAUGAUUGCUGCCAGGCUCUCCUAAGCAAAACUGAUUAGAUGUCUAUCACCAUCAAUGGCACUGAAACAUAAUCAUUCACUGCCCUCCCAGUUCAAAUGGAUUUGACGUCUACAGCCGUCGUUGGCAGCCAAUGAGUUUAUGUUAGCCUCAACUCAAAAGACUUUACCAUUACACCCGAAAAUGAGGAAGAGUGAACUGUCACUCCAGCAGAAUGUAGUUUUUUUAAGUGUGUAUAUAGGAGUAAUCUAAAGCCAUAAUCUUUUGCAGUUAAGUGGCAUCUGUGAGUAGUAAAAUGUUGACACACGUGAUGCCCUGUCCUCAUGUACUCAUUUAAUGUUCUUUAUAAUUAUAUUAUGGAUAGAAAAACUCUACACACCCCUGUUCUAAUGUCAGAUUGUGUGGCAUAUAAAUAUUAGACCAAAUACACUCACCGGCCACUUUAUUAGGUACACCAUGCUAGUAACGGGUUGGACCCCGUUUUGCCUUCAGAACAGCCUCAAUUCUUAGUGGCAUAGAUUCAACAAGGUGCUGGAAGCAUUCCUCAGAGAGUUUGGUCCAUAUUGACAUGAUGGCAUCACACAGUUGGUGCAGAUUUGUCGGCUGCACAUCCAUGAUGCGAAUCUCCCGUUUCACCACAUCCCAAAGAUGCUCAAUUGGAUUGAGAUCUGGUGACUGUGGAGGCCAUUUGAGUACAGUGAACUCAUUGUCAUGUUCAAGAAACCAGUCUGAGAUGAUUCCAGCUUUAUGACAUGGCGCAUUAUCCUGCUGAAAGUAGCCAUCAGAAGUUGGGUACAUUGUGGUCAUAAAGGGAUGGACAUGGUCAGCAACAAUACUCAGGUAGGCUGUGGCGUUCCAACCGAUGCUCAAUUGGUACCAAGGGGCCCAAAGAGUGCCAAGAAAAUAUUCCCCACACCAUUACACCACCACCACCAGCCUGAACCGUUAAUACAAGGCAGGAUGGAUCCAUGCUUUCAUGUUGUUGACGCCAAAUUCUGAACCUACCAUCCGAAUGUCGCAGCAGAAAUCGAGACUCAUCAGACCAGGCAACGUUUUUCCAAUCUUCUAUUGUCCAAUUUCGAUGAGCUAGUGCAAAUUGUAGCCUCAGUUUCCUGUUCUCAGCUGAAAGGAGUGGCAACCGGCGUGGUCUUCUGCUGCUGUAGCCCAUCUGCCUCAAAGUUCAACGUACUGUGCGUUCAGAGAUGCUCUUCUGCCUACCUUGGUUGUAACGGGUGGUUAUUUGAGUAACUGUUGCCUUUCUAUCAGCUCGAACCAGUCUGGCAAUUCUCCUCUGACCUCUGGCAUUAGGGUUGCCACCUUUCAGAAAUAAGAAAAACGGGACACCCCCCUCGCGCCCAAAGCUGUACAGGCAGAGAAAACAAGGGACAUCCCCAAAACUCCUAAAAUGCAUAGAAAUGUAUCUAUUCAUUUAUAUUCUGUAUUAGUUCAAUACGGAACGUAACAUUUAAUUCCCAAUUUCGGAUCGUUCCGUAUUUUAAGGGACAGGUGGCAACCCUAUCUGGCAUCAACAAGGCAUUUCCGCCCACAGAACUGCCGCUCACUGGAUAUUUUUGCUUUUUCGGACCAUUCUCUGUAAACCCUAGAGUUAGUGAAAUACUCAGACCAGCCCUUUUGGCACCAACAACCAUGCCACGUUCAAAGUCACUCAAAUCACCUUUCUUCCCCAUACUGAUGCACGGUUUGAACUGCAGGAGAUUGUCUUAAACCAUGUCUACAUGCCUAAAUGCACUGAGUUGCCGCCAUGUGAUUGGCUGAUUAGAAAUCAAGUGUUAACGAGCAGUUGGACAGGUGUGCCUAAUAAAGUGGCCGAUGAGUGUAUGUUUUAGCAAUCAAUAUGUGACCUGUACAACUCAAAUAGGAAAAUUCAUAUUUUUGACAAUAGAUGCACAAGUAUGCUGUGUUCAGAAUUAACCAACGGCACACUCCUGCCACCAUUUUAUAUUUCUCCGAUUGACCCCAAGUAAACUUUUGAUGUUCGACUAGGCUUUUUCAGACAGGUUAUGUGCCGAUGCUGACUUUAAAAAAAACACUUUUAAACAAGGGUGUGUAGACUUUUUGUAGCCUGUAUGUAGAGCUAACCUCACUGUUGCAAUCUUUUUAACUCCUCAAACCACUCAUUGCACACUAAUGGGCCUGGACUGUUCUCAAGUCCUUUUCAAACUGGAUUCUUAGCAAAGCACAUGCACAGGCACUCCAGAUUGUUUAAGUGCUUUUCUAUAUUGCAGCUAACAGUAAAACCGGAAGCACAAUAGUUUUUGGUUCUGGUAACAUACAUUGCUUUAGCAAGAGAUUAAAGGUUAAACUCAAACCCUUGUAUUAUUGCAGUUUGGAAUAUUAGGGCUGCACAGAAAAGGGAAAAAAUAUAUUUAUUCUUGUAAAAUGUUUUUUUUUUCCUUCUAAAAUCAUGAUUUUAUUUUAUUCCUGGAAAAUUGUGACUUAUUUGUUUUUUUCCCUACUAAAAUGUGCUUAUUCUUGAAAUUGACUUGGCUAUUAGUGAUCAAUUUUCAUCAUAUUUUCCUCUUACUGUGUACAAAUUGUUACUUUAUUCUCCUAAAAGUAAAAAUGUGUUCUCCUGAAGUUGUUUCACGCCAUUCUAAAAUUGUGUCUUUUUCCUGGUUUUUGUUUUUUUCCACGUUUGUUUGGUUUCAAUGUGGCCCUCAUAUUCCUUUAUAUUAUAGCAUAUAUUCCCAGUGAAUGAAACUUUUGCAUCAGAAAUAUGUGCACGAACUGUUCAAUGCAGAGACUACUCAAUGUGGCAAAAUUUGACUGUCAAGGUGUCUAUAAAAAGGUACAAAUACCUAAUUUUGUAAUCUUCGGUUCGGUAGAUAUUUAGUUUGGGGGGGGCGAAUGUACAGCAAUUAUAGUAAUGCACUGUAUUUGUUGUUGCGUUAGCUGCCAACUAUUCACGUUUGAAUUGAAUCGGAUCAUAUUUUUAUACCACAGUGUGUAUGUUCAGUAUGUAUGACUAAUUCUGAUUGUUUGAACUAAAAGCAGCCAAGAUACAGCUCAAUGCAAUAGUUAUAGAUUCCCAUAAGGGACAUUCCGGUGGUUCUUUGCUGCUUUUUUAUUUUAUUUCUUUGGUUUGUUUUAAGGAUUAAGAGUCACCAAAGCUGCAACCUUUCAUUCAUUUUAACUUCCUGUGUAAUACAUGUGUAAUAUAUGCAUAAUAACACAAGGACUUGUGAUUGGGGUUCCCCCCUACUCAUUUGUCAUCAAAUAAUCUUAGGCGCCUCUUGACUUUCGUACCAUGUUCUCAGGUCGUAUAAUGAUGAUAAUAGUUUGGGCUAAUGUGUAUGAAUGACAUUAAUAUGCGCAAGAAAUACAUCGCUGUUAAAUGUAGAACUGAUUGCAGUAAAGAAUAUGCAGUAUGUGCUGUUUAAUCCGAAUUUAGUAGGAUUUUAUACAAAAAAAGAUGUUUUUUGUAGAAGACUUGGAUAUUUUUAGGUGUUUUAGAUGUUUUUAUUAAAUGAAUACGUCCAUUAUACAACUGUUUUAAACUUACAGCAAAAUUAUGUUGGUUUUAUCAUUUGUAUUUGCCCUCCAUGAACAUCAUAGUGCAAAGAUUUUGUAUGAUUUCCUACUAAAUUCUUACAUUUUUGUCACGCCCACCUGCUGCUAUCCUGAACUUCUACAUAUCUCACCAAACUCGCCAUGAGUACAGAUUACUGACCUACAAACUGCCUCUGUACCCCUCCUGUACACUUCUGUAAUUUCCCCAUUACUCAACAACAGAAAGUACAGACACCUAAUACAUGCAACGUUACAUAUACAGUAUAAAUGGUCACACAAACUUAGGCAAAUUUUUCAAGAUUUGUAUGUACAGUGUAUCACAAAAGUGAGUACACCCCUCGCAUUUCUGCAGAUAUUUAGGUAUAUCUUUUCAUGGGACAACACUGUCAAAAUGAAACUUUCACACAAUGAAAAGUAGUCUGUGUGCAGCUUAUAUAAUAAAAGUAGUCUGUGUGCAGCUCAUAUAAUAGUUAAUUUAUUUUCCCCUCUAUUAACUCAAAAUAUACCCGUUAAUAUCUAAAC